UUAGCCUGAUGCAGUCAUGAUUUUACUCCCGGAGUGCUCCCACCAUGAUUGAACCCUGGAAUAUUCGUAUAUAGUUUAGUGCUACUGAUGUAUUUGGCAACCAAUUUGAAUCCCUUCUAAACUUUUCUGUUGCUGUUUCACUGUAAGUAUUGCUUUUGAACUUAUCACCAAGGUUCUCAGCAAAGGAAAUUUCUGGUUAUUUUGCUCGUGAGUUGUGACAAAAAUGGUGGAAGGUGGUAAUAUUUCAAAAGCAGACAAGACAGAGUUCACUGAGUGCUGGAAGACAACAUGGAAGACUCCAUACAUUAUGAGGCUUGCACUGUCAGCUGGGAUUGGGGGCCUCCUAUUUGGUUAUGACACAGGAGUGAUUUCUGGUGCCUUACUCUAUAUACGAGACGAUUUCAAACAAGUUGACAGGAACACAUUCUUACAGGAAAUCAUAGUGAGUAUGGCUGUAUUAGGUGCUAUUUUUGGUGCUGCAAUUGGAGGAUGGAUUAAUGACAGGUUCGGCAGGAAAAAAUCAAUUUUGCUUGCUGAUGGGCUCUUUGCUGUGGGUGCCGUUGUUAUGGCAUUAGCUUAUGAUCCAUGGAUGAUUAUUCUUGGAAGGCUUUUUGUUGGUUUAGGAGUCGGGAUGGCUUCAAUGACAUCACCUCUUUAUAUUUCAGAAGCUUCCCCUGCUCGAAUUCGAGGUGCACUUGUUAGCACAAAUGGUUUGCUAAUUACAGGAGGGCAGUUUCUGUCUUACCUUAUCAAUCUGGCCUUCACUAAGACUAGAUGGACAUGGCGUUGGAUGCUUGGAAUUGCAGCUGUCCCAGCGUUAGUUCAAUUAAUCUUGAUGAUAUCACUUCCUGAGUCUCCUAGAUGGCUUUACCGACAGAACAAGGUAGAAGAGGCCAGGUCCAUUCUAGGGAAAAUAUUUCCUGCUAAUGAAGUUGAUGAUGAGAUGAAUGCCUUGAAACUCUCUCUUGAAGCAGAAAAAGCUGAUGAGCAUGCUAUUGGGGACAGUCUAACACAAAAGGUGAAGGGUGCUUUGAGCAAUGUUGUAGUUCGAAGGGGACUCUAUGCUGGUAUAACCGUUCAGAUGGCUCAGCAGUUCUCAGGCAUCAAUACUGUUAUGUAUUACAGCCCAACAAUAGUUCAAUUUGCUGGAUUUGCUUCAAACAAGACAGCAAUGGCGCUUUCUCUGAUCACUUCUGGUCUUAAUGCCUUUGGCUCAAUCGUCAGUAUGACUUUUGUUGAUAGAUAUGGCAGGAGGAGACUGAUGCUUAUUUCUAUGGCUGGUAUCAUCCUUUGCCUUGUGACAUUAUCAAUUAUGUUCCUUGAAGCUGCCAGUCAUGCUCCUGAAAUCAACCAGUUCGACACCGACUUUCCUACAAAUGCUACAUGUCCUAGUUUUUUGUCAUUACCUAAACCCUUAUCUUGGAACUGCAUGUCUUGCUUGAAAGCUGGUUGUGGCUUCUGCUCUAAUAGGGCAAAUGAGUACUCUCCUGGAACAUGCCUGGCAUUCACCACAGAUCUAAGGGAUUCAUGCCGUGGACAAAAUCGUACUUGGUUCAGGGAUGGUUGCCCUAGCAAAUUUGGAUUUCUGGCUGUGGUUUUCCUAGGAUUAUACAUCCUUUCCUACUCACCUGGAAUGGGAACUGUCCCAUGGAUUGUGAACUCUGAGAUAUACCCACUGAGAUACAGAGGCAUUGGUGGAGGGCUGGCUGCUGUCUCUAACUGGAUCUCCAAUUUUGUCGUUAGUGUUACAUUUUUAAGCCUGACAAAAGCUCUUGGUUCCUCUGGCACCUUCUUCCUGUUUGCUGGGUUUUGUACCAUUGGAUUCAUUUUCAUCUAUCUCCUUGUACCUGAAACCAAAGGGCUGCAAAUUGAGGAGGUUGAGCAGAUGUUGGAGACCGGUUACAAGCCAAGAUUAUUGAGGGGCGAGUCAAAGGGUGAAUCCCAGUCUGCCUUAGCUCAUGUAGCUGCAAAUUAACUGAUCAAUAAUGAUCUUAGAUUUUGUUAUUGUACUUAGCUCAAAUUAGGCACAUUCUGCAAAUUUCUCUUCAUUAUAACAUCAAAAUUGGGUUUUAGUUCUAAAUUCCAACAGGCUAGAAGCAAGAGUUUAGAUAAAUUAUCUUCUGUUUUACAAUAUAAUCUUGUUGAAAGAAUACAGGAAUAAAGAAAAGAA